CGCAGCCUGUCAGUCACGUCCACACCGAGACGCAAUAAUUUUAUGUUUUAGUGAGUUUUUUAUAGAUAAAAGAUGAUUGUGUGUUCUUCUAAGCAAGAUGAGAUGACAUUAGUUAUCUAUGAGAUUGCAGACAAUGUAGAAGGUCACGACCCCGACACAGAGAAGGAAGACGCUGACGCAGAGAGACGCCUAGAAGCACAUCACACAGGAGGAGACACUGCACAGAGCAGGUGUUACAGACUGACUGCAGUGUGUCUGCUGCUGCUGUGUGUUCUCCUGCUGACUGCCGUCACAGUGCUGUGGAUCAAAUUCAACAACCUGACUAUAGAGAGAGACCAGUUACAUACCAGAUACAACAACCUGACUAGAGAGAGAGACCAGUUACAGAGGGAGAGAGAUGGAUACCUGAGGACAUUUUGUGAUUCGUGUAAGUGGUGUUUCAACUUCAACUCCAGUUUUUACUGCAUGUCUAAUGAGACGAAGAGCUGGGAGGAGAGCAGACAGAACUGCAGUUCGAGAGGAGCAGACCUGGUGAUCAUAAACAGCAGAGAGGAACAUGAGUUCAUCAGUCAGCAGCUGGGCGGCUCUCAGGCUUGGAUUGGUCUGAGUGACAGAGAUAGAGAGGGAGAGUGGAAAUGGGUGGACGGUACACCACUGACCACUGAGUAUUGGGCUCCGGGGGAACCGAGUAAUGGAACUGAUGAGGACUGUGCUGAGAUUUACUAUACAGAUUCAAAUAAGGCUGUCUGGAAUGACAAGAAAUGCUCUGUGAAACUGCACUGGAUCUGUGAGAAACGUCUUUCUCUGUGA